CAUUUCUGUGCCUUGUUUACCUCCCGUUGCACAUGGGUGGAGGAAAGCCCUGCACCCGGCAGCAACAUGUGGCUCCUGGAGCGGCUGCGCGGCAUGGCGGAGAGCAGCAGCGCACGGGGUUCGGGGCCGGACGAUUCCCCGCGGGGCUCCCGCUAUAGCAACGUCCUCACCCCCGAUAAGAUCCCCGACUUCUUCAUCCCGCCCAAGCUGAGCGCUGCACCCGCUGAACCCGAGGGUACCGAAACCACCGCGCCUCCCGUCCUGGGUCCGUCUGUCUCGGAGCAGGACCUGACGGACCGCAAGACCCCACGCAGCCCCCGGCCUCCCAGCCGACCCCGUGCGAAGGCGUCCGGCCGUCACAUCAUCCAGAUCGAGAGCGCCGAGGACUGGACAGCCGAGGGCGGCUUCGGCACCAACGUGGACCCGCAGGCGCAGACGGCCAUGUCUCUGCCCUAUGUCCCCAAAGCGCAGACCUCCUACGGUUUCGCCACGCUGGUGGAGAGUCCCCACACCCGACGUAAGGAAUCGCUCUUCCAUAGCGAACACAGCAGCCUCUGCCCCUCGCCGGCCACCUCGCCCAGUGGCCAGCGCAGGGCAAAGCUCAACGGUGAGAGCAGAGCUCAGGCUCCUGCCGACCUGGGGGCGGCCCUCAUGCACCCCGGGCGCUAUUUCAGCGGCGGUGAAAGCGACACGUGCUCUUCAGCCGAGUCCUCACCCUUCGGCUCACCCCUCCUCUCCCGCUCCGUCUCUCUGCUGAAGAUCUUCAGUCAGGAGAGCCAAUCCAAGGUCAUCAAGCUGAAGCACUCGGUGGCUCGCAACAGCUCGCUUUCAACCGAUGACAGCUCAGCCGACACCAGUCCCAGCGCCCAGCGUCGCUCCAGGAGCGCUCCGGCCGGGGGACAACCGACAGCGGGCGCGGAGCUGCCGCAGGGUCGGCCCCGUGAGCACAGCCUGCGGCUCAGCCGGGGCGGCCGCCUCCGUCUGACUGCUGAUUAUGACCCUUCCAACGCCCGGCUUCGCGUUCAGCUCAUCUGCGCUGAGGAUCUCUACGACGCUCUGGUCGAUGUGCGUGGUAUCCACUGCUGCGUUUCUCUGUGCCUCAACCCGGGGAAGCUACAGAAGCAGCGCAGCACCAUCAUCAAGAACAGCCGCAACCCUGUCUUCAAUGAGGACUUCUUCUUCGAUGGGCUGGGCCCCAGCCACGUCAGGAAGCUGUCCCUCAAGCUGAAGGUGGUCAACAAAGGCAGCAGCCUGAAGCGGGACACGCUGCUGGGGGAGAAGGAGCUCCCGCUCAGCGCCCUGCUGUAGGCUCAGCAGCCCUGCAGGGAGCGUGCCCGUGGGGCUGGGGCACGGGAGGGCUUGGGCCAGCCCUGGCCCCUCUGAACUAGGGCUUGGAAGGGCCCCCAGAGGAGGGCCAGGGCUGUGGCAGAGCUCAGGGAUGCAGGGCCGGGUCCCCGGGAGCGGAGCUGCCAGAUGCAGCCCUCCUGUGCCAGCCUCUCCCUUCUGUUCCAGCUCCCUGGCCGGGGCUGCGGCUCCUGGAGCACAGCAGGAGCCACGUGCCCUGUCCCUUUCAGAUGGAUGGAUGUCACCUGCUGGGCUCUUCCCUUUCUGGUUUCCCGUGGCCUCCAGCUGGCCAGCACGAAGGUUGGAAGUGGGUAGAGCUCUGCAGCAUGCUUAUUGCCACCUCUCUCCAAGCCUUAGCUCCUGGAGUCAGAUGAUGGCAUCGACCUUGGCUUUCAUUUAAAAGUCAAGCUUUGUAGUCUUGGAAACUGCAGAGAAAAUGCUGCAGAGGUGACCCAGGAACCUGGUUGGGGUCCCUGGGAGGUGGCCUCGUGGCUGACUCACAUCUGUGGUCUUUCUGAGUCCCUUCCUGGAACCACAUAGAGUGUGCAGUCAGCUCUGCCCUCCUGUCCUGGUCCCCCAGAUACUGACUCCUCUCCCCCAUGAAUAACAGCUGCAGGAACUUCAGAGGCGUUUGGAUUUAUCCAAACCCAGAUGGAUGCUGAUGGGA